AGAAUAUUACCAAUCAGAGAAACAAAGAACUCAGGAAAAUGGGCAGUACUAGUGAAAUACUUGGAAUCAGUGAGGAGUACAUCAAGAAAAGUUGCAGUCUUUCAUUGAAUUAUCAAUUCAGUAAUGAGCUGUUUCAUGUUGACAAGAGCUCAUCGGAUGCGGUGGUCAUCGUGUUCAAAGGAGUAUGUACUGUCGAAGAGUGGUUUUCCGGCGACGGAGCUUUUGGAGAAACAAAGAUCAACUAUAAAGAUUGGUCCAAACAAGCCUUUCCUUCUCUGAGAAGUAUAGGUAAUGAGGAUGUUGCAAUUGUCAACCAAGCUUUUCUGGAAAGGUUUGAACUUGCAACCAAAGACCCCAACUUUGGUAAAGAGGUGGGAUCGGCCGUGGAGGGGAAGAAGCUGAUUAUAUUCACAGGGCAUUCUUCUGGUGGCGCAAUUGCUAUGCUUGCUACCAUCUGGUUCUUAGAAAAGUAUUCGAAAACUGAAAGUACCAAGUGUGUGACUUUUGGAGCUCCGCUGGUUGGCGAUUUCAUUGUUUCUCAUGCUCUUAAGCGAGAGAAGUGGUCUAAGUUCUUCAUACAUUUUGUCAUGAGAUAUGACAUUGUUCCUCGGAUUAUGCUUGCUCCUCUCUCAUCCAUUCAGCAAGCAUUAGUGCAUGUCCUCCAUUACUUCACUGCAAAGGGUCAUCCUUAUCCCCAUGAUUCAAUUGCCACAAAUUUGUAUACAAAUGUAAUGAGGAAUACCUCAGCUCUUGCAAGCCAUGCUGCCUGCAAACUGAUGGGCAAUACUAAUAUGCUGCUCGAAACACUAACAAACUUCAUCAAACUAAGCCCUUAUAGACCUUUCGGGACAUACAUUUUCUGCACUGGCAAUGGGAAGCUCAUUCACUUGGACAACCCUGAAGCUGUGCUGCAACUCCUUUUCUACUCUUGUCAGUUAAACCAUGAAAACGAAAUCGAAGCAACUGCUAGAAAGUGCAUAAAGGCGCACUUGGAAGACUAUAAAACUGAAUUGUUAGACAGGAGCUUGGAAGAAAAUCUGGUUUGUGUUACUGAACUGGAGCAGCUGCCCCUAGCAUCAGAUGGUACUGCCUUGGAUGACCUUGGCCUGAGUACAAGAGGUAGAUUGUGCCUUCGCGCCGCAGGAGAGUUGGAGAAGCAAAAACUUAAAAACCAGGACCAGAUAAAAACGAAGAGGGCAGAAAUGGAAGCGAGUAUGAAAGGACUAAGAGAGUACAAAACCUUCAAUGCGGAGAGAGCAGGAUAUUACAAUGCCUUCAAGAAACAAGACGAAAAGAGAGACUUCAAUGCCAAUGUGAUGAGGCUGGUGCUGGCAGGUAUAUGGGAUGAGAUCAUCGAAAUGUUGAGGAGGUACGAUCUUCCCGACGAAUUUGAAGGUGAAAAAAGUUGGAUAGACCUAGGAACCGAGUUCCGGCGCCUUGUGGAGCCUCUUGAUAUCGCCAACUACUACAGACACGCAAAGAACGAAGACACCGGAGCCUAUAUGAUUAAGGGGAGGCCAAGACGCUACAGAUACCCGCAGAGUUGGCUUGAAAAGAGAGAAGGUUUGGAGAAAGGUUCCUAUGGAGAAUCUUGCUUUUUGGCAGAUGUGGAGGAGUUGCUCAAAGCUGCUAAUAAUGGUAAAGUUGACGGGGCAAUGGCUGUGAAAGUACAGGUAGCAGUAGCAAAAUGGAUCAAGGACAGUGUGUUAGAUAAGGAGGUGUUCCUGAAGGAAUCUACCUUCCUCCAAUUGUGGGACAAACUCGGCCCUCUGAAACUCCAGCAGGAAUGCAUUCGUGCGUUGAUGACCGAUAUUACCAACUUAUCAAUUUCUUAACUUGGGCAAGAGGCUUGGGGUUUGUUUUAUCUAUAGUUGAUGUUUGAUUGUGUAAUUUGCUUGUGCUCUCCACUUUUAAUUUUCUUUCAGUUUUUGUUGAACCAUUAAUAAAUCCGGGUUCUACUUUCUGCAAUGUGUACCUGAACAUGUUUUCAUAAUUUCAUACAAACAAAAUCAAAAACAUGUU